AUGAGUAACACAAAUUGCGUCUAUCAAGAGAUCUCCAAGAAUGACUCAAUUCAUCACAUGAGCCGCUCCCAGGGGCGGCCAGAGCUACCGCCUCUGCCGGCUUCUACUAAUGAGCAACCGUCUGAACUCUAUCAGACGGUCAUAAGGCACAGCUGCUACCCACCCCUGAUGCAGCGCACGUCAUGGACCCAGGCUGCACCGUUCAAAGAGCAGCAGCACCACCGCGGGCCCAGCGACUCUAUCGCCAACAACUACUCCCUGAAAGCCCAGGACCUGAAGCUCAAGAGCCUGGUGAAGGUCGCCCAGCCGGGGACCAUCAGUGUCCGCAGGGAAAGAGACAGACAGGAUCUGCAAAAAGUUUUAUCAUCUAGAAACUCAGCAGAACCCAGCAAGAAGAAAAGGAAAAUUUCCCACAAAGGCAGAGAGGAUCUAACUGGGAUCAAAGCGUCUGGCAGCAACACAUCCUUGUCCAUGAAGAAGACGUCGGCAACCCUCCCAGGAAGCAGACCCAUGAGUCCAGAGGAACAGAUUAAUAUCAUGUUAAAGAAGGAGAUGGAAAUAGAAAGUAAAGAAGCAAUCCCAUCUGAUUUAGACUUAGAGAGAUACUAUUACUAUUUGACCCACGGAAUCUCAAAAGACAUGAUUGCUUCAGAGGAAGAUCAAGUGAUGGUGCGAAUUUUGAAGCUGAUUUCUAAUGCACUGCUGGCAAAUCCUGCGCUGGAACCUCUGAUGCUGGUCCUCACAGUAGAGAAGGAACAUGGCUACUACUUUAGCCUCAUGAAGAGCAUUGUUGAUUACAUUCUCAUGGACCCAAUGGAAAGAGAAAGACUCUUCAUCAAGAGUAUCCCACGCUCAUUUCCUCAACGGGUGAUCCGGGCCCCUGUGCCCUGGCACGAUGUUUACAAGAAUGUGAAGAAAUGGAAUGAGGAGCACUUGCACACCGUGAACCCCAUGAUGCUCAAACUGAGAGAGCUGUGGUUUGCAGAGUUUAAAGAUCUCAGAUUUGUUCGCACAGCAGAAUUACUGGCAGGAAAGUUGCCUCUGCAGCCUCAUGAAUAUCAAGAAGUGAUUGAGAAACACUGUCUGGAAGCGCAUAAGAUUCUUCUCAACAAAUGGAUCCCCGCAUGUACCCAGAUUUUUACUUCACAGAAGCACCAUUGGGUCCAUUUUGCUCCCAGGAGCGAGUAUGAGCCCUCCCGGGGCAUUGAAGAAUAUUUUGCUUCUGUUGCAUCCUUCAUGGCACUCCAGCUUAGAGAGAUGGUCAUUAAGUCUCUUGAGGACCUUGUCUCUUUUUUCAUGAUUCAUAAGGGUGGGAAUGAUUUUGAAGAACCCUAUGAAGAGAUGAAAUUCUUUAUGCCCCAGCUAAUCAUGAUCAAACUUGAAGUCAAAGAACCAAAUAUUGUCUUUAAUCCUUCUUUUGAUACUUGCUGGCAGUUAAUACAUAACUCUUUCUUGGAAAUUAUUAAGCAAUCCACGGGGAUCCCCAAGGUGGAAGCAAUCCUGUUCCCUGAGUUGAAAGGAUGCAAUCUGAAUCUUAGGACUGUUAACCCUGAAGAAAGUCUGGUUUCUGAUUUUGUGAAACAGACUUUUGAGGUCUUUCAGAAAAAUCAAGUUGGUCCAAACAAAUACUUAAAUGUGUACAAACAGUAUGAUGAUUUACUGAAUAAUAUGGCAGAGCAAAACAUCACUGAAUUCCUGAAAGAACAUCACGAAAUUGAGGAUUUUGUAACGAGAAUAAAAAGCAUAAAAAUGCGAAGAAAUCAAAUUGCAUCUAUGCACAUUACUGUGCCAUUGGCCAUGUUCUGCCUUGAUGCCAUGAUUCUGAAUUAUGAGCUCUGUGAGCGAGCCCAGAAUCUUAAAGACCGUUUGAUACAAUUCCAAGUAGACAUCAACCGGGACACCAAUACCAGCAUUUGUAAUCAGUACAGCACAAUUGCAGACAAAGUGAGUGAGAUUCCAACCAACACCGAGGAGCUGGUACAUCUCAUUGCAUUCUUAAAGAGAUCCAGUGACGUCACUGUGUUUAGACUCAGGAGGCAACUCAGGGAUGCAGUUGAACGGCUAGAGUUCCUGAUGGACUAUGCAGAUUUGCCCCAAGAGGAUAUCAAGCUGAACAGCACUCUGUUCCUCUGGCCAGACCAGAUUGAAGACGUGUUUGAGAGCAGUCAAAACCUGCUUCUCGGCAAGAGGGAUCAAGCAGAGAUGGACCUAAUUAGAAGGUGCUUAGAAUUUGAGUCAAGACUUGAAGGCUAUAGCAAGGAAUUGGAUGGUUUUAGGAAACGUGAAGUGAUGACGGCAGAGGAAAUGAAGAACAAUGUGGAAAAGCUCAACGAGCUGUCAAAGAACCUGGAUCAGGCGCUAAAGGAAUAUGAGCUAAUCAAUAAGGAAGAGGAGCUGUUGGAGAAGGAGAAGAGUACCUUCCCUCUUCUGCGAACUUUGAUGAUCAACAAAGUGCCUUAUGAGCAACUCUGGGUGACGGCCUAUGAGUUCAGCACUAAGUCUGAGGAGUGGAUGAACGGACCGCUCUUCCUGCUCAAUGCUGAGGAAAUCGCUGAGGAAAUUGGGAACAUGUGGAGGACCAUCUAUAAGUUGACCAAGACCUUAACCGAUAUGCCUGCACCCAGGCGUUUAGCAGAGAACGUGAAAUUUAAGAUAGAAAAGUUCAAGCAGCACCUCCCUAUCCUCAACAUUUCCUGCAACCCCGGAAUGAAAGAGCGGCACUGGCAACAGAUCAGUGAGAUUGUCGGCUAUGAAAUAAAACCCACCGAAACCACUUGUCUCUCAAAUAUGCUGGAUGUUGGAUUCGGCAAAUACAUUGACAAACUGGAGCCCAUCGGUGCAGCCGCCAGCAAGGAGUAUUCCCUGGAGAAAAACCUGGAGAAAAUGAAGUUAGAUUGGGUCAACAUGACGUUCAAUUUUGUGAAAUACAGGGACACUGACACAAGCAUCUUGAGUGCAGUUGAUGACAUUCAGCUACUACUUGAUGAUCAUGUGAUAAAGACGCAGACCAUGUGUGGCUCCCCAUUCAUCAAACCCAUAGAAGCAGAGUGUCGGAAGUGGGAAGAAAAACUAGUUCGCGUGCAGGAAAUUCUGGAAGCAUGGUUGAAAUGUCAGGUCACCUGGCUCUACCUGGAACCAAUCUUCAGUUCAGAGGAUAUCAUAGCCCAGAUGCCGGAGGAGGGCAGGAAAUUUGCCAUUGUUGACAAUUACUGGAAAUCACUCAUGGCUCAAGCGGUGAAAGAUCCCAGGGUUCUAAUGGCAGCAGACCAACCACGGAUGUCUGAGAAGCUUCAGGAAGCCAAUAUCCUUUUGGAUGAAAUCCAGAAGGGGCUAAACGAUUACUUGGAAAAGAAGAGACUGUUUUUCCCCAGAUUCUUCUUCCUGUCAAAUGAUGAGCUGCUGGAGAUCUUGUCAGAAACAAAAGACCCUCUGCGAGUGCAGCCCCACUUGAAGAAGUGCUUUGAAGGAAUUGCCAAGCUGGAGUUUACAGAAAAUCUGGAGAUCGUGGGCAUGAUUAGCUCAGAAAAGGAAACUGUUCCAUUCAAUAAAAAAAUUUUCCCAGCAGAAGCCAAAGGCAUGGUGGAGAAAUGGCUGCAGCAGGUGGAGCAAAUGAUGUUGGCCAGCUUGCGGGAAGUCAUUCGACAAGGCAUCGAGGCAUAUGUCAAGGUCCCUCGCAAUCAAUGGGUCUUGCAGUGGCCUGGACAGGUGGUCAUCUGUGUCUCCUCCAUCUUUUGGACCAAGGAGGUAUCAAAUGCCCUGGUAGAAAAGACCCUUCCGGAAUUUCUGCAGAAGAGCAAUGAUCAGAUCGCACAGAUUGUCGAGCUGGUGCGAGGAAAGCUGAGCAGUGGGGCUCGACUCACCCUUGGAGCCCUGACUGUCAUCGAUGUCCAUGCUCGUGAUGUAGUAGCCAAGCUAUCUCAGGACAAUGUCUGUGAUCUGAGCGAUUUCCAGUGGAUUUCGCAGCUGCGCUACUACUGGGAGUCCAUGGACGUGCAAGUCCACAUGAUCACAACAGAAGCCUUGUACGGCUACGAAUACCUGGGAAACUCCCCCCGGCUGGUGAUCACGCCCCUCACUGAUCGCUGCUACAGGACACUGAUGGGAGCUUUGAAGCUAAACCUUGGUGGCGCUCCAGAGGGUCCAGCUGGGACAGGCAAGACAGAAACCACCAAAGAUCUGGCCAAAGCUUUGGCCAAGCAGUGUGUUGUCUUCAAUUGUUCCGAUGGCCUGGAUUACAAAGCCAUGGGGAAGUUCUUCAAAGGGCUGGCGCAGGCUGGAGCAUGGGCUUGCUUUGAUGAGUUCAACAGGAUUGAGGUGGAAGUGCUGUCUGUGGUAGCUCAGCAGAUUCUCAGCAUUCAACAAGCCAUUAUCCGGAAGUUAAAGACGUUCAUCUUUGAAGGCACCGAACUCUCUCUGAAUCCAACCUGCGCUGUCUUCAUUACGAUGAAUCCCGGAUACGCUGGCAGGGCAGAGCUUCCAGAUAAUCUCAAGGCUUUAUUUCGGACAGUGGCCAUGAUGGUGCCAGAUUAUGCCCUCAUUGGUGAAAUCUCCCUCUACUCAAUGGGAUUUCUGGACUCUAGAAGUCUCGCCCAGAAGAUUGUGGCAACCUACCGCCUGUGCUCGGAGCAGCUCUCCUCCCAGCACCACUAUGACUACGGCAUGCGUGCCGUCAAGUCCGUGCUCACUGCUGCCGGAAACCUGAAGCUCAAGUACCCGGAGGAGAAUGAGAGCGUCCUGCUGCUCCGAGCCUUGCUUGAUGUCAAUCUGGCCAAGUUCUUGGCUCAAGACGUCCCUCUGUUUCAGGGAAUUAUAUCAGAUUUGUUUCCUGGAGUUGUUCUUCCAAAGCCAGACUAUGAAAUUUUUGUGGAUGUGCUGACUGUAAACAUCAAAAAGAUGAAACUCCAACCAGUACCUUGGUUUAUUGGGAAAAUUAUCCAGAUCUAUGAGAUGAUGCUGGUGAGGCAUGGCUACAUGAUUGUCGGAGACCCCAUGGGCGGCAAGACCUGUGCUUAUAAAGUGUUGGCUGCAGCUCUCGGCGAUUUACAUGCAGCCAAGCAGAUGAACGAGUUCGCCGUUGAGUUUCAGAUCAUCAACCCCAAGGCUAUCACCAUGGGGCAGCUCUAUGGGUGUUUUGACCAAGUGAGCCAUGAGUGGACAGAUGGUGUCCUAGCCAAUUCUUUCCGGGAGCAAGCAUCGUCCGUGUCUGAUGACCGCAAGUGGAUCAUAUUUGAUGGACCAGUGGAUGCUGUUUGGAUUGAAAACAUGAACACUGUUCUGGAUGACAACAAAAAGCUGUGUUUAAUGAGUGGAGAGAUUAUCCAGAUGAGUCCCAAGAUGAGUCUGAUCUUUGAGCCAGCGGACCUGGAGCAGGCUUCCCCAGCUACCGUGAGCAGGUGUGGGAUGAUCUACAUGGAGCCCCAUCAGCUGGGUUGGAAACCCCUGAAGGACUCAUACAUGGACACGCUGCCGUCCAACCUCACUGACGAGCACCGGGAGCUGGUCAAUGACAUGUUUAUGUGGCUUGUCCAGCCCUCCCUGGAAUUCAUUCGCCUUCACUGUAAAUUAGUGGUCCAAACAUCCCCCAUCCAUCUCGCCUUCUCGAUGAUGAGGCUGUACUCGUGUCUGUUUGAUGAAAUCAUAGCAGCCAAUGAUGAGGAAAGUGAGUAUUUUGAAACCUUGACAAGUCAACAGAUCUUUCUCUGGCUGCAAGGGCUGUUCCUCUUCGCCUUGGUGUGGACCGUGGCAGGCAUCACCAACUCAGAAGGCAGAAAGAAAUUUGACGUGUUUUUCCGCAACCUGAUCAUGGGUAUGGAUGACAGCAACCCCAGACCCAAAAGUGUCAAACUCACCAAAAACAACAUCUUUCCUGAAAGAGGAAGCAUCUAUGAUUUUUAUUUCUUCAAGCAAGGUGGUGGACAGUGGCACACGUGGACAGAGUAUAUCACCAAAGAGGAGGAACAUAUUGCACCUGAUGCAAAGAUCUCAGACCUCAUCAUCCCUACAAUGGAGACAGCCCGACAGUCCUUCUUCUUGAAAACCUACAUAAACCAUGAGAUUCCAACACUGUUUGUGGGUCCUACAGGAACUGGCAAAUCUGCCAUCACCAACAACUUUCUUCUCCAUCUUCCCAAAAAUGUCUACCUGCCCAACUGCAUCAAUUUCUCUGCCAGAACUUCAGCCAAUCAGACCCAAGAUAUCAUUAUGUCCAAGCUGGACCGAAGGAGAAAAGGUCUUUUCGGGCCUCCCUUAGGGAAGAAGGCAGUGGUGUUUGUGGAUGACCUCAACAUGCCAGCCAAAGAGGUAUAUGGGGCCCAGCCUCCCAUCGAGCUCCUAAGGCAAUGGAUUGACCACGGUUACUGGUUUGACAAGAAGGACACAACUAGGUUGGACAUUGUGGAUAUGCUGCUUGUGACAGCCAUGGGUCCCCCUGGAGGAGGAAGGAAUGACAUUACUGGACGAUUCACACGCCAUCUGAAUAUCCUUUCCAUCAAUGCCUUUGAUGAUGAUACUUUAAUCAAGAUUUUCACUGCUAUUUCUGACUGGCACUUUGCUAAAGGGUUUGAUGUAUCAUUCUUAAGGAACGGAAAGAUAAUGGUGCAAGCUACCAUGGCCAUUUAUAAAGCUGCGGUGGAGAAUUUCUUACCAACUCCCUCCAAGUCACAUUACGUCUUUAACCUGCGGGACUUCUCACGGGUUAUCCAGGGUGUGCUUCUAUGCCCUCAUACUCAUUUGCAGGAUGUAGAAAAACUUAUUCGACUUUGGAUCCAUGAGGUGUAUCGAGUAUUCUAUGACCGUCUGAUAGAUCAAGAAGACAGACAAAUCUUCUUCAACCUAGUAAAAGAGACCACUUCUAAUUCCUUCAAGCAGAGCAUGGAUAAGGUCCUCUUCCACCUGUCCCCUACUGGGAAAAUUGUUGACGAUAAUAUCCGCAACCUCUUUUUUGGAGAUUUCUUCAAGCCAAGCAGUGAUGUAAAAAUCUACGAUGAGAUCACCGAUCUGAAACAGCUCACGACGGUGAUGGAGUACUACCUGGAAGAGUUCAACAAUGUCAGCAAGGCCCCCAUGUCCUUGGUCAUGUUCAAGUUCGCCAUUGAGCACAUCUCCAGGAUCUGCAGAGUCCUGAAGCAGGACAAAGGCCACUUGCUCCUGGUGGGGAUUGGGGGCAGUGGGCGCCAAAGUGCCAGCAAACUGUCCACGUUCAUGAACUCAUACGAGCUGUACCAGAUCGAGAUCACGAAGAGCUACUCGAGUAACGACUGGAGGGAAGACUUGAAGAAGAUCAUGUUGCAAUCCGGGGUGGUCGUCAAGAAAACUGUCUUCCUCUUUGCCGAUAAUCAGAUCAUGGAUGAGUCUUUCGUGGAAGACAUCAACAUGCUUCUGAACACAGGCGAUGUUCCCAAUAUCUUCCCAGCUGAUGAGAAGGCCGACAUUGUAGAGAAGAUGCAAAUGGCAGCGAGAACCGAUGGCCAGAAGAUUGAGGUCACUCCUCUUUCUAUGUAUAACUUUUUCAUUGAAAGAGUGAAAAAGAACCUUCAUAUUGUCCUUGCCAUGAGUCCAAUUGGGGAUGCCUUCCGGAACCGCCUGCGCAUGUUCCCUUCAUUGAUCAACUGCUGUACGAUUGACUGGUUCCAGUCCUGGCCCACAGAUGCCCUGGAGUUGGUGGCCAACAAAUUCUUAGAGGAUGUGGAGCUUGAUGACAGUGUUCGGAGAGAGGUCAUCUUCAUGUGCAAAUAUUUCCAGGAGACUGUGAAGACGAUGUCCAUUGACUACUACAACACACUCCUCAGGCACAACUAUGUCACCCCCACCUCCUACCUGGAAUUAAUCCUGACCUUCAAGACACUCCUGAAUAGCAAGAGACAGGAAGUUGAUAUGAUGAGGAACCGCUACCUGACAGGUCUGCAGAAACUCGAGUUUGCAGCUUCCCAGGUGGCGGUCAUGCAGUCAGAACUGACAGCCCUCCAACCCCAGCUCAUCCAGACCUCCAAGGAGACGGCGAAAAUGAUGGUGAAAAUUGAAGCAGAGACCAGAGAAGCUGAUGCCAAGAAACUUCUGGUGCAGGCAGAUGAGAAAGAGGCCAAUGCUGCUGCCGCCAUUGCCCAAGGAAUUAAGAAUGAAUGUGAGGGCGACCUGGCCGAGGCCAUGCCCGCUCUGGAGGCAGCGCUCGCGGCGCUGGACACCCUAAACCCCGCAGACAUCUCGCUGGUGAAGUCGAUGCAGAACCCCCCGGGCCCCGUGAAGCUGGUCAUGGAGAGCAUCUGUGUCAUGAAAGGGCUGAAGCCAGAGAGGAAGCCGGACCCCAGCGGCACUGGUAAAAUGAUAGAAGAUUACUGGGGAGUAUCCAAAAAGGUUCUUGGGGAUCUGAAAUUCUUGGAGAGUCUUAAGACGUAUGACAAAGACAAUAUCCCCACACUGAUCAUGAAACGGAUCCGGGAAAGGUUUAUUGAUCACCCAGAUUUCCAGCCAAACGUCAUUAAAAACGUGUCCUCGGCCUGCGAGGGUCUGUGCAAGUGGGUGCGGGCCAUGGAGGUCUACGACCGAGUGGCCAAAGUGGUGGCUCCCAAGCGAGAGAGACUGAAAGAGGCAGAGGCCAAGCUGGACGUCCAGAUGCAGAAACUGAACCUCAAGCGAGCCGAGCUGAAGCUGGUGGAAGACCGUCUGCAGGCCCUGAACAAUGAGUUUGAAGGGAUGAAUGUCAAGAAAAAGAGCUUGGAGGAGAAUAUUGAUAUGUGCUCUCAGAAGAUAGACAGGGCAGAGAAGCUCAUCAGUGGUCUCGGGGGUGAGAAGGAGAGAUGGACGGAAGCCGCCCGGCAGCUGGGGACCCGCUAUGUUAAUCUGACAGGAGAUGUGCUCUUGUCCUCAGGGACUGUGGCUUACCUGGGGGCCUUUACAGUGGAUUAUAGGAGCCAAUGCCAACAGCAGUGGUUGGAACAGUGUAAGAAGAAGGUCAUCCCCGGCUCCAGCGACUUCAGUCUCAGUCACACAUUAGGAGAUCCCGUUAAAAUCCGCGCCUGGCAGAUUGCUGGGCUGCCUAUCGACUCCUUCUCCAUCGACAAUGGCAUCAUUGUCACCAAUUCCAGGCGCUGGGCUUUAAUGAUUGACCCUCAGGGCCAGGCCAAUAAGUGGAUCAAGAACAUGGAGAAAACGAAUAAGCUGUCUGUGAUCAAGUUCUCUGAUUCCAACUAUGUGAGAGUGCUGGAAAACGCUCUGCAGCUCGGAACCCCUGUCUUAAUAGAAAAUGUUGGCGAGGAACUGGAUGCCUUUAUUGAGCCCAUCCUGCUCAAGUCCACGUUCAAGCAGCAGGGAGUUGAGUACAUGAGACUGGGUGAGAACAUCGUCGAGUACAACCGGGAGUUCAAGCUGUACAUCACGACCCGGUUGAGGAACCCCCAUUACCUCCCUGAAGUUGCAGUGAAAGUCUGCCUCCUCAACUUCAUGAUCACCCCCUUGGGUCUCCAAGAUCAACUGCUCGGCAUCGUGGCCGCCAAGGAGAAGCCAGAGCUGGAGGAGAAGAAGAACAAGUUGAUUGUGGAAAGUGCUAAGAACAAGCAGCAGCUGAAGGAAAUUGAAGAUAAGAUCUUGGCAGUGCUCUCCUUGUCAGAGGGCAACAUCCUGGAGGACGAGACGGCCAUCAAAGUCCUGUCCUCCUCCAAGUUGCUGUCUGAGGAAAUCUCCGAGAAGCAGAAGGUUGCUUCAUUAACGGAAACAAUGAUAGACGAAACUCGGAUGGGCUACAAGCCCGUGGCCACCCACUCCUCCACCAUCUUCUUCUGUAUCUCUGACCUGGCCAACAUCGAGCCCAUGUACCAGUACUCCCUGAUGUGGUUCAUAAACCUCUAUGUGCAGUCCCUGGCCAAUAGCGAAAAAAGUGACGAACUGGGGCAGCGCAUCGAGUACAUCAUCGAUCACUUCACCCUUAGCAUCUACAACAACGUCUGUCGCUCUCUGUUUGAGAAGGACAAGUUGCUGUUCUCUCUCCUUCUGACCAUUGGGAUCUUGAAAGAGAAAAAUAUGGUGGACGAGGAAAUCUGGUACUUCCUCUUAACUGGCGGUGUCGCCCUGGACAACCCCUACACCAACCCAGCUUCUGAGUGGCUGUCUGAGAAGUCGUGGGGGGAGAUCGUGCGUGCUUCCACGUUGCCCCAGCUCGAGGGACUUAUGGAUCACUUAGAAAAGCACACCGAUGAGUGGAAGCUCAUCUAUGACUCAGCCUCGCCCCAUGAGGAGAUUCUCCCUGGAAAUUGGAAGUUUAUUCAGGGGUUGGAGAAGAUAGUGAUCCUCCGCUGCCUGCGGCCCGACAAAGUUGUUCCAGCCAUUCGGGAGUUCAUUGCUGUGAACAUGGGCAGCACAUACGUCGAAGCCCCAACGUUUGAUCUUCAGGGCUCCUACAACGACUCCAACUGUUGUGCACCACUGAUCUUUGUGUUGUCUCCAGGGGCAGACCCGAUGGCAGGCUUGCUGAAGUUUGCCGAUGAUCUUGGCAUGGGAGGUUCCAGAAUACAGACCAUAUCUCUUGGCCAAGGUCAAGGUCCUAUUGCUGCCAAAAUGAUCAACACUGCCAUCAAAGAUGGGACCUGGGUGGUGCUACAGAAUUGCCAUCUGGCCACAAGUUGGAUGCCUUCCCUGGAGAAGAUCUGUGAGGAGGUGAUUGUUCCUGAGAGCACCAAUGUCAAAUUCAGACUCUGGUUAACCAGCUAUCCAUCAGAGAAGUUUCCAGUGAGUAUUCUCCAGAAUGGGGUCAAGAUGACCAAUGAGCCCCCCAAAGGUCUUCGGGCCAACCUCUUGCGCUCCUACCUCAAUGACCCUAUCUCGGACCCAGCAUUCUUUCUAAGCUGUAACAAGGCAGUGAUGUGGCAAAAGCUCUUGUUCGGUCUUUGCUUCUUCCAUGCUAUCGUUCAAGAGAGGAGAAACUUUGGACCCCUAGGUUGGAAUAUUCCUUAUGAAUUCAACGAGUCUGAUCUGCGGAUCAGUAUGCGGCAGAUCCAAAUGUUUCUGAAUGACUACAAGGAAGUGCCCUUUGAUGCUCUAACUUACCUGACAGGGGAAUGUAACUACGGAGGCAGAGUGACCGAUGACAAAGACAGGCGUCUCCUGCUGUCUCUUCUGUCCACGUUCUACUGCAAGGAAAUAGAGCAGGACAAUUACUACCUCGCACCUGGAGACAUUUACUACAUCCCUCCUCAUGGCUCCUACCAGUCAUAUAUUGACUAUCUCAGGAACCUGCCCAUCUCCGCCCACCCAGAAGUGUUCGGCCUCCACGAGAACGCUGAUAUCACCAAGGACAACCAGGAAACCAACCAGCUGUUUCAAGGGGUGCUGCUGACCCUCCCGAGAAAGUCAGGAGGGAGUGGCAAGUCCUCUCAGGAAGUGGUUGAGGAACUGGCCCAGGACAUACUCUCCAAACUUCCUAACAACUUUGACCUGGAAAUGGUUAUGUACAUGUACCCGGUGGUCUAUGAGGAAUCCAUGAACACAGUCUUGCGGCAGGAGCUCAUCCGAUUCAACAGGCUAACUGAAGUGGUUCGCAGAAGCCUCAUUGAUCUUGGCCGGGCCAUCAAAGGGCAGGUCCUGAUGUCCUCAGAGCUGGAGGAUGUCUUCAAUAGUAUGAUCAUGGGCAAAGUGCCAGGCAUGUGGAUGUCCAAAUCAUACCCAUCUCUCAAGCCCCUCGGGGGCUAUGUAGCUGACCUACUGGCACGCCUGGCCUUCUUCCAGGAAUGGAUUGACCAUGGGCCCCCUGUGGUCUUUUGGAUCUCUGGAUUUUACUUCACACAGUCCUUUUUGACUGGCGUGUCUCAGAAUUACUCCCGGAAGUACACCAUCCCCAUCGACCACAUUGGAUUUGAGUUUGAGGUCACCACACAAGAAACGACAAUGGAGAGUAACCCGGAAGAUGGGGCCUACAUAAAGGGACUUUUCUUAGAAGGUGCUCGCUGGGACAGGGUAACUAUGCAGAUCGAGGAAUCUUUCCCCAAAAUCCUCUAUGAUUCUUUGCCCAUCAUUUGGCUGAAACCCGGGGAAAGUUCCACAUUCGUUCAUGAGAACGUUUAUUUGUGUCCAGUCUACAAAACAAGUGCCCGCAGAGGCAUCCUUUCCACCACAGGACACUCCACCAACUACGUUCUCUCCAUUGAGCUCCCAACAGACAGGGCCCAGAAACACUGGAUAAACCGGGGGGUAGCGUCAUUGUGUCAGCUGGAUGACUAA